AUGAAACAAGGAACAGGUUUACCUGUACUAUUCGCUAAUAGACAACUGCAUUCAAAUACUCCAUUAGGUCGAUCAACAUCCAGUAUUAGUCCACCAUCUUCUAUUAAUCAAGUACUUCUCAGCAGUUCUUGCUUGAAUCAUGUUGUACCAUAUCGGCUUCCAUUGACAAAACUUAAACCUGAACCAUGGCAACGACUUUUCUAUACUAAAAAACAACCAGAAUUAACAAUAAAGCAAAAUAAAUCAGAUGUUGACACAAUUUUAAACAAGGAUUUGAUUAAUUCACUCAGUGAAUGUUCGAAUUUCGAUGAAAACUCUCAAUGUUCUUCUUUUCCUAGACAAAUUCCAACACAUUUUGAUCAUUUAUAUCAAGAAAUGAAUGAAAUAACAUUACAACUAGCUGAAGAACGUCUGAAACACAAACAAACACAGAUCAAAGCUGAAGAAAUACUUUUCAAUCAAUUACAAGACCAAGAGAAACGAUUUCAAGAAUUACAACAGCAUCAAUUGCUUGAUCAUAAAAAGAAAUUGAAAGAACAAGAAAACAAAUUUUUGAAAUUAUUAAAUGAAGAACAAACACAAAGUCUUAAACGUGAAGAACAAUUAAGAAAUGAACUUGAAUUUCUAAAACAAUCAUUUCAUACAUAUAAAAUUUUUCAGAAAACUAUUGCAAAUAAAACUGUGGAUCGUGAACAUCAUGAAUCGUUAAAUAACGACUUAACGUCAACAAAACUCCAACUUGUUGAAACAAAAGAGCAUGCGAAUAAUUUAGCUACACAAUUAAACGAUCUUAAAAUUCAACAUAAUGAAAUAAUUCGAGAAUUCAAUGAAUAUCGUUUACGUUCAAUUGAAAAAACAAAGCAAACUUAA